CCUUCCUACUCUUCCUCCCUCCCUCCCUCACUCACCAACUUCCACUCCAUCCCAUUAUCCAUUCUCCACUCCCCACUCUCCUUUGAACUUUGACAUAUCUAAACUUCCUUCCAUUCCUUCACCUCGGCCAUAUCUUAUCUUGUAGCAUGAUAAUUAUAUUUUAGAUACAGGAUAUAUAGAACUCUAUAUGGCCGACCACCGUCAUUCACACGGGCAACAUCCGGACCACGUGCGUGGCGGCGCCCGACCAUCUCCACUCCAAACACAUGAAGAUGUCUACGGCGCCGGUGCACCGCAGAUCGAACAACCCCCGCCUACCCCGACCGGCGGCCGCAUGGGGACCGACAGCCCGGCCGCCUGGAAGCACCCGAGCUACCGCGGCGUCCGGUCCCGGAGCGGCAAGUGGGUGUCGGAGAUCCGCGAGCCCCGCAAGGCCAACCGCAUCUGGCUCGGCACGUACCCGACCGCCGAGAUGGCGGCCGUCGCCUACGACGUUGCGGCGCACGCACUCCGCGGCGCCGACGCGGUCCUCAACUUCCCGGAUCGUGUCUCGUCCCACCCGGCUCCCGCGUCGACCUCGCCGUCGGACAUACGCGCUGCGGCCGCCGCGGCUGCCGCGGCGCUGCUGGAAAAGCCUGAGACGGAGAAGGAUGCGGCGGCGGCGCAGGUUCCGUCGAGACAAAGCGAGGCCAGUGGGUCUGGGCAGGGAAAGGAGGGUGAGUUUAUGGACGAGGAGGCGAUCUUUGGCAUGCCCAACUUGUUGGCCAGCAUGGCGGAGGGGAUGCUAAUGAGUCCUCCGAGGCUGAGCCCGACUGGUUCCGAUGACUCGCCGGAGGUUUCAGAGGGGGAAAGCUUAUGGAGCUAUCCAUAAACUUAGCAGCUGGCCCGAUUGUUAACGCUUUCUAUAGGAUUAUGAGAGGGGAGAGGAGGAAUCAUGCACGAGUGGGUAGAGGGACAGCUGCCUUUCCAUUAGUAGAACUUUGUGGAAUGCCUACUAUUGUUUUGAGUGUGUGAGAACUACUAGAAGUCUAAUAUGAGUACAUGAGGUCUUGUUUUCUGGUACUUGUAAAUAGUUUAUAUGAAACCAAGCUUUAAUUUUUCGUGUCGAA